CCCCAGGACUCAUCUUCCAGGGCACCAUCCCCGGGUGUCUCCGUGGCCAGCAGAUCCAGCGUCCCCCAGCCCAGCUCGCAGAGGCCAUGCAGAAAUCCCGGGGCAUGCGAGGCGAGGAGGCGGGCACAAGGGCACCCCCCAGCCCCGGGGUGCCCCCGAAGAGGGCCAAGGUGGGGGCCGGCGGAGGGACCGUGGCCGGGGCGCCAGUCUUCCUUCGGCCCCUAAAGGACGCGGCAGUGUUUGUGGGCUGCGACGUGCGGCUGCGGGUGGUGGUGAGCGGGACGCCCCAGCCCAGCCUCAGCUGGUUCCGAGAUGGGCAGCUCCUGCCUCCGCCUGCCCCCGAGCCCAGCUGCCUGUGGCUGCGGAACUGCGGGGCGCAGGACGCCGGCAAGUACAGCUGCAAGGCCCAGAACGAGCGGGGCCAGGCCUGCUGUGAGGCCCUAGUCACAGUGCUGGAGGUUGGAGACUUGGAGACAGGCGAGGAUGACAUCAGUGAUGUGCAAGGGACCCAGCGCCUGGAGCUUCGGGAUGAUAGGACCUUCAGCACCCCCACAGGGGGCUCCGACACCCUGGUGGGCACCUCCCUGGACACCCCCCCGACCUCCGUGACAGGCACCUCAGAGGAGCAAGUGAGCUGGUGGGGCAGCGGGCAGACGGUCCUGGAACAGGAAGUGGGCAGCAGGGGUGGCACCCGCCGCCCCCCGGGCAGCCCAAGGCAAGCACAGGCAGCCGGGGCCGGGCCACGGCACCUGGGGGUGGAGCCGCUGGUACGGGCAUCUCGAGCUAAUCUGGUGGGCGCAAGCUGGGGGUCAGAGGAUAGCCUUUCGGUGGCCAGUGACCUGUAUGGCAGCGCAUUCAGUCUGUACAGAGGACGGGCGCUCUCGAUCCACGUCAGUGUCCCUCAGAGCGGAUUGCACAGGGAGGAGCCCGACCUUCAGCCUCAGCCGGCCAGCGAAGCCCCACGUCGCCCGGCCCUACCUCCUCCCUCCAAAUCCGCGCUGCUGCCCCCACCGUCCCCUCGGGUGGGUAAGCGGCCCCCGCCGGGACCCAGCGCCCAGCCCCCCGCCACCCCCACGCCGCCCCACCGGCGCACUCAGGAGCCAGUGCUGCCCGAAGACACCGCCGCCGACGAGAAGCGAGGAAAGAAGGCCAGGUCGUCGGGGCCCUCACUAGCAGGCACGGCCGAGUCCCGGCCUCAGACACCGCUGAGCGAGGCCUCGGGCCGCCAGUCGGCGCUGGGUCGCUCGCCGCGGCUGGUGCGCGCCAGCUCCCGCAUCCUGGACAAGCUGCAGUUCUUUGAGGAGCGACGGCGCAGCCUGGAGCGCAGCGACUCGCCACCGGCGCCCCUCCGGCCCUGGGUGCCCCUGCGCAAGGCCCGCUCCCUGGAGCAGCCCAAGUCGCAGGGUGGCGCCGCGUGGGGCUCGCCCGGGGCCUCUCAGGAGGAGCUGCGGGCGACCGCAGGCAGCGUGGCCGAGCGACGCCGCCUGUUCCAGCAGAAGGCUGCCUCGCUGGACGAGCGCACGAGGCAGCGCAGCCCGGCCUCCGACCUCGAGCUGCGCUUCGCCCAGGAGCUGGGCCGCAUCCGCCGCUCCACGUCACGGGAGGAGCUGGUGCGCUCGCACGAGUCACUGCGCGCCACGCUGCAGCGCGCCCCGUCCCCUCGAGAGCCCGGGGAGCCCCCGCUCUUCUCUCAACCCUCCACCCCCAAGACCUCGCGGGCCGUGAGCCCCGUCGCCGCCCAGCCGCCCCUUCCAAGCGUCGCGGGGAGGCCUGGGGAUGAGCCGGGGAGGCCCCGGAGCCGCGGGACGGCAGGCAGGACAGAGCUGGGGGAAGGCCCGCAGCAGGAGGUUAGGCGCCGGGACCAGUUCCCGCUGACCCGGGGCAGAACCAUCCAGGAGAGCCGGAGCCCUGUGCCGACUCCCGCCCCAGCCGAUCCCCCCGAGGCCAGGACAAAAGCCCCUCCGGGUCGGAAGCGGGAGCCCCCGGCACAAGCCGUGCGCUUCCUGCCUUGGGCCACGCCGAGCCCGGAGGGCGCUGCUGUGCCCCAGACCUUGGAGAAGAACAGGGCGGGGCCUGAGGCCGAGAAGAGGCUGCGCAGAGGGCCGGAGGAGGAUGGUCCCUGGGGGGCCUGGGACCGCCGAGGGACCCGUAGCCAGGGCAGAGGUCGUAGGGCCCGGCCCACCUCGCCUGAGCUCGAGUCUUCGGACGACUCUUAUGUGUCUGCUGGAGAGGAGCCCCUGGAGGCCCCCAUGUUUGAGAUCCCCCUGAGGGAUGCGGUGGUGGCCCCAGGGGCAGAUGUGCUGCUCAAAUGUAUCAUCACUGCCAACCCCCCUCCCCAAGUGUCCUGGCAGAAGGAUGGGUCCGCGCUGCGCAGUGAUGGCCACCUUCUCAUCCGGGCUGAGGGCGAGCGGCACACCCUGCUGCUCCGGGAGGCCCGGGCGGCUGAUGCUGGGAACUACAUGGCUACCGCUACCAACGAGCUGGGCCAGGCUAGCUGUGCUGCCACGCUGGCCAUGAGACCUGGUGGGUCCACAUCCCCUUUCAGCAGCCCCAUCACCUCUGAUGAGGAGUACCUGAGCCCGCCAGAGGAGUUCCCCGAGCCUGGGGAGACCUGGCCCCAAACCCCCACCAUGAAACUCAGUCCCAGCCAGAACCGCCGCUCCUCAGACGCUGGCUCCAAGGCGCCCCCCACCUUCAAGGUCUCCCUUAUGGACCAGUCAGUAAGAGAGGGUCAAGAUGUCACCAUGAGCAUCCGUGUGCAGGGGGAGCCCAAGCCGGUGGUCUCCUGGCUGAGAAACCGCCAGCCCGUGCGCCCAGACCAGCGGCGCUUCGCAGAGGAGGCAGAGGGCGGGCUGUGCCGGCUGCGGAUCCUGGCCGCCGAGCGGGGUGACGCUGGCUUCUACACCUGCAAAGCGGUUAAUGAGUAUGGCGCUCGGCAGUGUGAGGCGCGCCUGGAGGUCCGAGCACACCCUGAGAGCCGGUCCCUGGCCGUGCUGGCCCCCCUGCAAGAUGUGGACGUGGGGGCCGGGGAAAUGGCGCUGUUUGAGUGCCUGGUGGCGGGUCCUGCCGACGUGGAGGUGGACUGGCUGUGCCGCGGCCGCCUGCUGCAGCCUGCACUGCUGAAAUGCAAGAUGCAUUUUGAUGGUCGGAAAUGCAAGCUGCUACUCACCUCUGUGCAUGAGGACGACAGUGGCGUCUACACCUGCAAGCUCAGUACAGCCAAAGAUGAGCUGACCUGCAGCGCACGGUUGACUGUGCGGCCCUCACUGGCACCCCUGUUCACGAGGCUGCUGGAGGAUUUGGAGGUGCUGGAAGGCCGCACGGCCCGCUUCGACUGCAAGAUCAGUGGCACCCCUCCCCCCUCCGUGACCUGGACUCAUUUUGGCCACCCUGUGGAGGAGAGUGAGAACUUGCGCCUGCGGCAGGACGGGGGUCUGCACUCCCUGCACAUUGCCCACGUGGGCAGUGAAGAUGAGGGGCUCUACGCGGUCAGUGCCACCAACAGCCACGGCCAGGCCCACUGCUCUGCCCAGCUCUAUGUGGAGGAGCCUCGGACGGCUGCCACUGGCCCCAGCUCGAAGCUGGAGAAGAUGCCAUCCAUCCCCGAGGAGCCAGAGCACGGCGAACUGGAGCGGCUGUCCAUGCCCGACUUCCUGCGGCCCCUGCAGGACCUGGAGGUGGGACUGGCCAAGGAGGCCAUGCUGGAGUGCCAGGUGACUGGCCUGCCCUACCCCACCAUCAGCUGGUUCCACAAUGGCCAUCGUAUCCAGAGCAGUGAUGACCGGCGCAUGAUGCAGUACAGGGAUGUCCAUCGAUUGGUGUUCCCUGCUGUGGGACCUCAGCACGCCGGUGUCUACAAGAGCGUCAUCGCCAACAAGCUGGGCAAAGCAGCUUGCUAUGCCCACCUCUAUGUCACAGAUGUGGUUCCAGGCCCCCCAGAUGGUGCCCCACAGGUGGUGGCUGUGACUGGGAAGAUGAUCACACUCACAUGGAACCCCCCCAGGAGUCUGGAUAUGGCCAUCGACCCGGAUGCCUUGACCUACACUGUGCAGCACCAGGUGCUGGGCUCAGACCAGUGGACGGCGCUGGCCACGGGCCUGCGGGAGCCUGGGUGGUCAGCCACAGGGCUGCGUAAGGGGGUCAAGCACAUUUUCCGGGUCCUCAGUGCCACCAUCAAGAGCAGCAGCAAACCGUCACCCCCUUCUGAGCCUGUGCAGCUGCUGGAGCGAGGCCCGCCCCUGGAGGAGGCACCUGCUGUGCUGGACAAGCCAGACAUCGUGUAUGUGGUGGAGGGACAGCCUGCCAGUGUCACCGUCACCUUCAACCAUGUGGAAGCCCAGGUCGUCUGGAGGAGCUGCCGAGGGGCCCUUCUAGAGGCGCGGGCAGGUGUGUACGAGUUGAGCCAGCCAGAUGACGACCAGUACCGUCUUCGGAUCUGCCGGGUUAGCCGCCGGGACAUGGGGCCCCUCACCUGCACUGCCCGCAACCGCCAUGGCACACAGGCCUGCUCGGUCACGCUGGAACUGGCAGAGGCCCCUCGGUUUGAGUCCAUCAUGGAGGAUGUGGAGGUGGGGGCUGGGGAAACCGCACGCUUCGCUGUGGUGGUUGAGGGCAAACCGCUGCCGGACAUCAUGUGGUACAAGGAUGAAGUGCUGCUGACUGAGAGCAGCCACGUGAGCUUCGUUUACGAGGAGAAUGAGUGCUCCCUGGUGGUGCUCAGCACGGGAGCCCAAGAUGGAGGCGUCUACACCUGCACUGCCCGGAACCUGGCCGGAGAGGUCUUCUGCAAAGCAGAGCUGGCCGUGCGUUCAGCUCAGACAGCUAUGGAGGUGGAAGGGGCUGGGGAAGACGAGGAGCAGCGAGGAAGGAGACUCAGCGACUUCUAUGACAUCCACCAGGAGAUCGGCAGGGGUGCCUUCUCCUACCUGCGGCGCGUGGUGGAGCGUAACUCUGGCCUAGAGUUUGCAGCCAAGUUCAUCCCCAGUCAGGCCAAGCCAAAGGCAUCAGCGUGGCGGGAGGCCCGGCUGCUGGCCCGACUCCAGCAUGACUGCGUCCUCUACUUCCAUGAGGCCUUCGAGAGGCGUCGGGGACUGGUCAUUGUCACCGAGCUUUGCACAGAGGAGCUGCUGGAGCGAAUGGCCAGGAAACCCACCGUGUGUGAGUCUGAGAUCCGGGCCUACAUGCUGCAGGUGCUGGAGGGAAUAUGCUACCUGCACCGGAACCAUGUGCUGCACCUGGAUAUCAAGCCUGAGAACCUGCUGGUGUGGGGCGGUGCAGAGGGCGAAGCGCAGGUGAGGAUCUGUGACUUUGGGAAUGCCCAGGAGCUGACCCCGGGAGAGCCCCAGUUCUGCCAGUACGGCACACCCGAGUUCGUGGCGCCUGAGAUCGUCGACCAGACCCCUGUGUCUGGGGUCACUGACAUCUGGCCCGUGGGCGUCGUUGCCUUCCUCUGUCUGACGGGAAUCUCUCCGUUUGUUGGGGAAAAUGAUCGGACGACAUUAAUGAACAUCCGAAACUACAAUGUGGCCUUUGAGGAGAACACGUUCCUGAGCCUGAGCAGAGAGGCCCGGGGCUUCCUCAUCAAGGUUCUGGUGCAGGACCGGCUGAGGCCUACCGCAGAGGAGACCCUAGAACAUCCUUGGUUCAAAACACAGGCAAAGGGCGCAGAGGUGAGCACGGACCAUCUAAAGCUCUUCCUCUCCCGGCGGAGGUGGCAGCGCUCCCAGAUCAGCUACAAGUGCCACCUGGUACUGCGCCCCAUCCCUGAGCUGCUGCGGGCACCCCCGGAGCGGGUGUGGGUAGCUGUGCCCAGAAGACAACCACCCAGUGGGGGGCUCUCGUCCUCCUCUGACUCUGAAGAGGAGGAGCUGGAGGAGCUGCCCUCAGUGCCCCGACCACUGCAGCCCGAGUUCUCAGGCUCCCGAGUGUCCCUCACCGACAUUCCCACUGAAGACGAGGCCCUGGGGACCCCAGAGGCUGGGGCUGCCACCCCCAUGGAGUGGCAGGAGCAGGGAAGUGCCGCCAUUCAGGAUCAGCAGGCCCCCAGUCCUCCGACCCUCCCCUCCCCAGGCCAGGAGCCCCCCAAGGGGCCCAGCCCCCGUCGGGGAGAGCUCCGGAGGGGCAGCUCGGCUGAGAGCGCCCUGCCCCAGGCCGGGCCGAGGGAGCCGGGCCGGGGCUUGCACAAGGCUGCCUCUGUGGAGCUGCCACAGCGCCGGAGCCCCAGCCCGGGGGCCACCCGCCUGACCCGGGGAGGCCUGGGUGAGGGUGAGUAUGCCCAGAGGCUGCAGGCCCUGCGCCAGCGGCUGCUGCGGGGAGGCCCUGAGGAUGGCAAGGUCAGCGGCCUCAGGGGUCCCCUGCUAGAGAGCCUGGGGAGCCGUGCCCGGGACCCCCGGCUGGCACGGGCUGCCUCCAGUGAGGCAGCACCCCGCCACCAGCCUCCACCAGAGACUCGGGGCCUGCAGAAGAGCAGUAGCUUCUCACAGGGUGAGGCGGAGCCCCGGGGCCGGCACCGCCGUGCUGGGGCGCCCCUUGAGAUCCCUGUGGCCCGCCUUGGGGCCCGCAGACUACAGGAGUCUCCCUCCUUGUCUGCCCUCAGUGAGACUCAGCCACCCAGCCCUGUACGGCCCAGUGCCCCGAAACCCAGUGCCCUCAAACCCAGUGCCCCCAAGCCUUCAGAAUCUCCUGCCACCCCGAAACCCAGUGAUGCUCCUGAACCCUUGGCAUCCCAGCCUGCCAAAGAGAAGGCCCCAGAGUUCAAGAAAGAACCAGUCCCAGCCACCAAGCCUACACAGCUGCCUGUGGCUCUGCAAACCCCAGCCCCCGCCCCCACACCCUAUGCCCACAUCAUUCAGUCGCUGCAGCUGGCCAGCCACACGCCAGGCUCUCCGAAGGGCCCUGCCACACCUCCAGCGGAGCCCAAGUCCCACCCUGCUGUGUUUGCCAGGGUGGCCUCCCCACCUCUGGGAGCUUCUAACAAGCCGGUGCCUUCAGCCACGGCUCCCCCGGUGCCAGCGGAGAAAGCCCGGGUCCCCACGGUGCCCCGCAGGCCGGGUAGCAGUCUCAGCAGCAGCAUCGAGAACCUGGAGUCCGAGGCUGUGUUCGAGGCCAAGUUCAAGCGCAGCCGUGAGUCGCCCCUAUCGCGGGGGCUGCGGAUGCUGAGCCGCUCGCGCUCGGAGGAGCGCGGCCCCUUCCGCGGGGCCCAGGAGGAGGACGGCAUGUACCGGCCCAGCCCGGCGGGAACGCCGCUGGAGAUGGUGCGACGGCCUGAGCGCUCCCGCUCCGUGCAGGACCUCAGGGCGGUCGGGGAGCCAGGCCUCGUCCGCCGCCUCUCGCUGUCGCUGUCCCAGCGGCUGCGGCGGACCCCGCCUGCGCAGCGCCACCAGGCCGCGGAGGCCCGAGGCGGGGAAGGGGAGAGCUCGGAGGGCGGCAGCUCGGCGCGCGGCUCCCCGGUGCUCGCGGUGCGCAGGCGGCUUAGCUCCACGCUGGAGCGGCUGUCCAGUCGGUUGCAGCGCAGUGGCAGCAGCGAGGACUCGGGGGGCACGUCGGGCAGAAGCACACCGCUGUUCGGACGGCUACGCAGGGCCACCUCCGAGGGCGAGAGUCUGCGGCGCUUGGGCCUCCCACAAAACCAGCUGGCGGCCCAGGCCGGCGCCACCACGCCUUCGGAGGAGUCCCUGGGCUCUGAGGCCAGCGGCACAUCGGGUGGCUCAGCUCCUGGGGAAAGCCGGAGGCGGCUGCGCUGGGGCCUCUCUCGACUGAGGAAGGACAAGGGGUCAUCACAGCCAAACCUCUCUGCCAGUGUCCAAGAGGAAUUGGGUCACCAGUAUGUGCGUAGCGAAUCGGACUUCCCCCCAGUCUUCCACAUCAAACUCAAGGACCAGGUGCUGCUGGAGGGAGAGGCAGCCACCCUCCUCUGCCUGCCAGCAGCUUGCCCUGCACCCCACAUCUCCUGGACGAAAGACAAGCAGUCCCUGCGGUCAGAACCCUCAGUGAUCAUUGUGUCCUGCAAAGAUGGACGGCAGAUGCUGAGCAUCCCUCGGGCGGGCAAGCGGCAUGCUGGGUUCUAUGAGUGCUCAGCCACCAAUGUCCUAGGCAGUGUCACCAGCUCCUGUACCGUGGCUGUGGCCCGUGUCCCAGGGAAGCUCGCCCCUCCUGAGGUACCCCAGACAUACCAGGACACGGCGCUGGUGCUCUGGAAGCCAGGAGACAGCCGGGCACCUUGCACGUAUACUCUGGAGCGGCGGGUGGACGGGGAGUCUUCCUGGCACCCAGUGAGCUCAGGCAUCCUUGACUGUUACUACAAUGUGACCCACCUGCCAAUCGGCGUGACCGUGAGGUUCCGUGUGGCCUGUGCCAACCGUGCUGGACAGGGGCCUUUCAGCAACCCUUCUGAGAAGGUCCUCGUCAGGGGUAUGCAAGAUUCCUCAGCUCUGCCACCUGCUGCUCACCAAGACACCCCUGUUACCUCAGGGCCAGCCAGGGCCCCACCUCCGGACUCUCCUACCUCACUGGCCCCCUCCCUGACCACUCCUGCAGCUCCUGGUUCCCCAGGCCCCCAGUCAGCUGCUCUCAGCCCCUCAUCUCCCCCAACACCCCCAAGCCAGGCCUUGUCCUCACUCAAGGCUGUGGGUCCACCACCCCAAACCCCCCCACGAAAGCACAGAGGCCUGCAGGCUGCCCGGCAAGCAGAGCCCUCCCCACCCAGUGCCAAGGUCGCCCCAAGUGAGCCCAAGUCUUCCGUCCCUGACACUGGGACCCCGACUCCAGCCUCCACUCCUCAAGAGGUUAAACCAGCAUCUUCCUCUACUCCCCUGUAUAUGGUGACCUCCUUUGUGUCUGCACCACCAGCCCCUGAGCCCCCAGCCCCUGAGCCCCCUCCUGAGUCCACCAAGGUAACUGUUCAGACCCUCACUUCAGCCAAGGAGAUGGUCAGCCCCCCCGGGAGUGGUCCCCACAGCUCUCCGGUGCCGGAGGGCACCAGUCUUCGACAGGGCCCCCUCAGAAACCCUACACCUUCCUGGAGGAGAAGGCCAGGGGCCGCUUUGGCGUAGUGCGCACGUGCCGGGAGAAUGCCACCGGACGAACAUUUGUGGCCAAUCGUGCCCUACGCAGCUGAGGGCAAGCGGCGAGUCCUGCAGGAGUACGAAGUGCUGCGGACACUGCACCACGAGCGGCUCAUGUCCCUACACGAGGCCUACAUCACCCCACGUUACCUCGUGCUCAUCGCUGAGAGCUGUGGCAACCGGGAGCUCCUCUGUGGGCUCAGCGACAGGUUCCGAUAUUCAGAGGAUGACGUGGCCACCUACGUGGUGCAGCUGCUGCAAGGCCUGGACUACCUCCAUGGCCGUCAUGUGCUGCACCUGGACAUCAAGCCAGACAACCUGCUGCUGGCCCCCGACAACGCCCUCAAGAUCGUGGACUUCGGCAGUGCCCAGCCCUACAACCCCCAGGCCCUGCGGCCCCUUGGCCACCGCACGGGCACGCUGGAGUUCAUGGCUCCUGAGAUGGUGAAGGGAGACCCCAUCGGCUCUGCCACAGACAUCUGGGGAGUGGGUGUGCUCACUUACAUCAUGCUCAGUGGACGCUCUCCAUUCUAUGAGCCAGACCCACAGGAAACAGAGGCUCAUAUUGUGGGGGGUCGCUUUGAUGCCUUCCAGUUGUACCCCAACACCUCCCAAAGCGCCACCCUCUUCUUGCGAAAGGUCCUCUCAGUACAUCCCUGGAGCCGGCCCUCCCUGCAGGACUGCCUGGCCCACCCGUGGCUACAGGACGCUUACCUGAUGAAGCUGCGCCGCCAGACACUCACCUUCACCACCAACCGCCUGAAGGAGUUCCUGAGCGAGCAGCGGCGUCGCAGGGCUGAGGCCGCCACCCGGCACAAGGUGCUGCUCCGCUCCUACCCAGGCAGCCCCUAGAGGCUCGGACCACAGCCUGGCCCCGGACUUCCACUCGGGGCUCCCGCUGAUGCCGCGGGACAUUCCAGGGCCCACGCUGAGCCGGGUGGGCUCAGGGCUUCAGACACCACCAGCAGCAACAUCCGGCCGGGCUAUUACCUCAUGGACCUGUGGGGACAGAGGCCCCAGGCUUGGGCCAAUGCCACCAGGCCAGAGCCACAGCUAGAGACUCAUUGGCUGGGCUGGGUGGAGUCGGAGCAGGAAGAGGGGCAAGAGCAGAAUGGGGAAGAGAAAGAAAGGGAUGGAAGACUCUAGGAAGGUUCUGGGGUGGGGGACAGUGCAUCUUAGGGAGGAGCAAACGAGGAGGGUGUGAGUGGCUGGAGAGGUAGAAAGGAAGGGGCCCAGGGUAUCAAGGCCAUGGGCUGGAAAUGAGUGUCAGUGAAGCAGGGACAGGACAAGGGUCAGUGUCAGGGUGCCAGAGGCAGCAUGUGAGAGAGGGCAGCAAGGUGGGGGAAGGGAAGGAGAGAGGACUCAGGUGGGCAUGGGGUGGGCCAGCUGCCAGCAUCCCAAAGAAGUGUGGAGGGCUGGAGGCAGGAGGCAGUGGUCACUCGGGCUAGCACUCUCCUUUGUCCCAGUGGAUGUGGCUCUGGGCUCUGUGCUGGCCCAAGGAUAUCCCC